GCGCCGUCGCCGCGCCGCGGCAUGCCGCCGCCACGACCACGACGCGUCGUCGAGCCGGGCAGCCGCCUCUUCGUGGGCAAUUUGAGUUAUGAGAUCGACACCGACCAGCUCCGAAAGUUCUUCGAGAAAUGGGGUCCCGUGAAUGAUUGUUUUUUGCCCCAGGACCGGACGACGGGCAAGCCGCGCGGGUUUGGGUUCGUGACGUUUCGAGAUGCCGCGGACGCGAAGCUGGCUGUUGCGCAAGCGGACGGCACGGAGCUCGACGGACGGCAAUUGCGCGUCAACGUCGCCGAGGACACGCGGGGCCCUCCGCCUCCGACACAACCCACACAACGAGCAAGUAAGUGGGGCACGAAGGCCGAAGAUGACGAGGACGACGAGAGGGAGCGGCGCUACGAGGCCGACGAGGACGCCGCGAAGCCGGACUUUGGGUUGUCAGGAGCCCUGGCGAAAGACGAGAACACGGGUAAUGUGUACAAGGGCCACGUCCUGAAGUGGACGGAGCCCGACGACGCGCGGAAACCGGUAGAUCGGUGGCGCAUCUACGAGUACAAAAACGGCGAACAAGUGAAAAUACUACAUAUCCACCGCCAGUCGGCCUUUUUAAUUGGAAGAAUAAAGGACAUUGCGGACAUCCUGACGAUGCAUCCGAGUUGUUCUGGGCAGCACGCGGUGCUGCAGUUCCGCCUGAAGGUACUGAAGGAUGAUUUGGACGAGGUCCGCGUCGUGCUGCCCUACGUCAUGGAUCUGGAGAGCACGAACGGCACAUUCCUCAAUGGAGAGAGGCUGGCCCCGGCGCGCUACGUCGAGUUAAGGGAGAAGGACAUGCUGAAAUUCGGGUCGUCGUCGCGCGAAUAUGUUUUGAUCCGGGCGCCCGCAUAA